CAAGCAGGGGCAGGGCUGGCGCUGUGGCCGGAGAUGCUGUCGGGCCGCCACGGCGCUUGGCAGCCAGGAGCUCUGCAUUGAAGGCACUGGGGUAAAGUGAAUGCCGAAGACAGAAGAUUUGGAUGAUACACCACUGAAUUUCUUUGUGUGGAGUACACGUUAUGAACCCUUUCUGGAGCAUGUCUACAAGCUCUGUACGCAAACGAUCUGAAGUUGAAGAGAAGACAUUAACAGGGGACGUGAAAACCAGUCCUCCACGAACUGCACCAAAGAAACAACUGCCUUCUAUUCCCAAAAAUGCUUUGCCCAUAACUAAGCCUACAUCUCCUGCCCCAGCAGCACAGUCAACAAAUGGCACGCAUGCGUCCUAUGGACCCUUCUACCUGGAAUACUCUCUUCUUGCAGAAUUUACCUUGGUUGUGAAGCAGAAGCUACCAGGCGUCUAUGUGCAGCCAUCUUAUCGCUCUGCAUUAAUGUGGUUUGGAGUAAUAUUCAUACAGCAUGGACUUUACCAAGAUGGCGUAUUUAAGUUUACGGUUUACAUCCCUGAUAACUAUCCAGAUGGUGACUGUCCACGCUUGGUGUUCGAUAUUCCUGUCUUUCACCCGCUAGUUGAUCCCACCUCAGGUGAGCUGGACGUGAAGAGAGCAUUUGCAAAAUGGAGGAGGAACCAUAAUCAUAUUUGGCAGGUAUUAAUGUAUGCAAGGAGAGUUUUCUACAAGAUUGAUAGAGCAAGCCCCCUGAACCCAGAGGCUGCAGUACUGUAUGAAAAAGAUAUUCAGCUUUUUAAAAGUAAAGUUGUUGACAGUGUUAAGCUGUGCACUGCUCGUUUGUUUGACCAACCUAAAAUAGAAGACCUCUAUGCAAUUAGCUUUUCUCCAUGGAAUCCUUCUGUACAUGAUGAAGCUGGAGAAAAGAUUCUGACUCAGAAAAAGAAGCCUGAAGAACAACACAAUAAAAGUGUUCAUGUUGCUGGCCUGUCAUGGGUAAAGCCUGGCUCAGUAUAGCCUUUCAGUAAAGAAGCGAAAACAGUGGCGACUUAAGAGAUGGUGAAUCUGGUGCACCAUGCACUUUCCUGCUGGACUCUGGCCUAGUUCAAGCUGACCAAUGGCAGAGGACUGCCUUAAGAGUAAAACUGUGUGAACAAUGA